AUGGUAGCCAGACUAAUACCGUUCUUACUGUUGGUUUCGAUAUUGUUAGGCUUUGGGCAAGCCAAACAGGGCCCUAACACCGUGGAUUUGGUGAUGUCGCUUGACCAAUACUACGAUGCUGUCAAUAGCAACGAGUCCUACACAAUGGUUGAAUACACCACUAGCUGGUGCCAUCACUGCAAGAAGCUUGCGCCUAAUUUUGUGCAGCUGAAGCAAUCGUUCGAUGCUGACACUGCCAAGCCACCAGUGCGAUUCCUGGAGGUGAAUUGUGAGAUAUUUGGAACUACCAUCUGCAGUGGUUUCCCGGGAUUCCCGAUGAUUCAUCUCAUCCAGCCACGUACAAAACCUUUGGAGAUGCCAGAUCAAAACCAACCUGUUCCUCUGUGGCGUAGAAUCUUCAAUUACUUAACCAGCAAAUAUACGAAUCCGAGAUGGCAGCUGGAUCCAGACAGGGUGAUCGAGUACAGAGGUAGCAGGGAUCCAGAGAGCAUGAAAUCCUUUAUAGAAGCUGUGAGGAAGAAGGAUAAACUUUUAAGAGCUGUAAACAGGGUUUUGGACGAGUCAUACGAUUGCAACUCUGAACCAGAGGAGCAGGAUAAACAGCUGUGCGAAUACGGGAAGAAGUUUAUACGGGAUACUGAGAGGCUAUCAAACGAAGAUUUAGCCAAGGAACGCUUGAAGCUAGAAAACAUACUCCAACACAACAAAGAGCUUAAAGACAAUCUGAAGGUCUACAACGAGGUCAAACUCAAAUUACAGCUGUUAAAUCAGUUGCUCGUGAGUUCGAGCACACAUGAUGAGCUGUGA